AUGGUUCUGUUCUUGAUCAUCAUAGUGAUCAUCAUCGGCCUUCUUCUCUGGAAAUGGUUGGAUAUUCGAAGUACUGAUGAACUCACGAAUAUGCUGAAACAAGUUAGCAGUGGAAACGGACAACAUGUGUUGUCGAAUGCAUUCCAGGUCGACGAGAAAUCAAAGCGUCACGGAGGAGAGCUGGUUGCUUCUGUGCUCAAGGCACACGAUGUUGAGGAAAUUUUCGUUCUUUGUGGAGGACACAUUUCCCCAAUUCUCGUUGCUGCUGAGAAGCUUGGAAUCAAAAUUGUCGAUACCAGACAUGAGGUGACUGCUGUCUUCGCUGCUGAUGCGGUUGCUCGUCUUCGUCAAUCAAUUGGAGUUGCAGCCGUUACUGCUGGUCCAGGACUCACAAAUACAAUCACUGCUGUCAAAAAUGCUCAGAUGGCUGAAAGUCCAUUGCUUCUUAUUGGAGGAGCUGCUCCAACUUUGUUGAAAGGAAGAGGAGCACUUCAGGAUAUCGACCAAAUGGUUCUGUUCCGUCCACUCUGUAAAUACGUAGCUCGUGUUGAACGUCUCCGUGACAUCGUCCCAACUGUUCGUGAGGCUAUCAAAGCUGCAAAAUCCGGAUGUCCAGGACCAGUUUUCGUUGAAUUCCCAGUUGAUGUUCUUUAUCCAUACGAGCUCGUUGUGAAGGAGAUUGGUUUCAAUCCAAAUGCUAAAGGAUUCAUUCAAAAAGCUCUCAACUUCUAUCUUCGUUGCCACGUGUCUCGUCAGUUUGGUAAUGCUUGGCUCCAACAAACAAUUACACCACUUCCAACGAAUGUCCCAAUGCCAAAGAGUGAACAAAUUCAAGAGAUCGUUCAACUUGUUAAAUCUGCCAAACGUCCAGUUCUUCUCAUCGGAAGUCAGGCAACACUUCCACCAGUGAAACCAUCAGAUUUAGUGAAAGCAGUCGAAGCUCUUGGAUGCCCUGUAUUCCUCGGAGGAAUGGCUCGUGGUCUUCUUGGAAAAGAUCACCCGCUUCAAAUGCGUCAAGUUAGAAAAGACGCUCUCAAGGAUGCUGAUUUGACGAUUCUCGCUGGAACUGUCUGUGAUUUCCGUUUGAGUUAUGGAAGAACUCUCUCCAAGAAAAGCAAGAUUGUCGCUUUGAACAGAAAUUACAGUCAACUGACAAAGAACGAAAAAGCUUUCUGGAAUUCUAAUGUUUCUGUACAAGCUGAUGUGGCUACUUCCCUCGUUCAAGUUGCAAAUUCUCUCGGAUCCAACCACAGCAAACCAACUGAAUGGGUGAAAACACUCAGAGAAAAAGACGACGAGAAGGAAGCUGCAAAUGCCAAGAAGAUGGAACAGAAACUUUCAAAUGGAUUCCUUAAUCCAUUGAACUUUUUGAAAACAUUAGAUCAAUCACUUCCUGAUGAUGCUAUUCUUGUUGCUGAUGGUGGCGAUUUUGUUGGAUCUGCAGCUUAUAUUGUUCGUCCACGUGGUCCACUUCAAUGGCUUGAUCCUGGAGCAUUCGGUACCCUCGGAGUUGGUGGAGGCUUUGCUCUCGGUGCCAAAACAGUGUAUCCAAAACGACCAGUUUAUAUCAUUUGGGGUGAUGGAUCAUGCGGAUAUUCACUGAUGGAAUAUGACACAUUUGCUAGACAUAAACUACCUGUUAUCGGAAUCGUAGGAAAUGAUGCAUGCUGGACUCAAAUCGCACGAGAGCAAGUACCAAUGUUCCAAAGCUCAGUCGCUGUUGAUUUGGCUAGAACUCGUUACGAUAAUGUUGCCAAAUCACUCGGAUCAUGGGGAGAAACAAUUGAUGAGACGAAUGCUCAUGAUGCUCGAAAAGUUCUAGAUGAAGCUCUUGCCGUGUGCCGUAGCGGAGAACAAUCAGCUCUCGUCAAUGUUCUCAUCGGAAAAACUGAUUUCAGAGAGGGAUCCAUCUCAGUUUAA